AUGCUCGAGGCGAUGGCACACUCGAUCGACGGCGUCGACAUGAAAGGCGACACACCGCAUCUCGAGAUCCUCCUGGCGAUCGUGCGCCAAUUCCUCGACGACUGUGAGCAUGUGCCGGCAACGCGCACGCGUCUGGGCCACACCGUGAUGCAUGCCCUUGCGUCGUCAUUCUGCUCGCGCUGCUACGAGCACCACUGGCACCGGCGGCUCGGUGGAUGGAUCGGCAUCGACACACUCGUGCGGCGCGCGUCUCUCGGCGCGAACUGGGUCGCCGACCACCAGCUGGAGAUUGUGCGUGCGCUGCUAUAUAUGCUGAAGGACAUGCCGAGUGAUCCGCCGCGCGACAUUGAGCGGAUCAGUGCGACGCUGUACCAUGUGCUGGAGCAGGCAUACACAGGCAAGGCGCCGAAGCACGAUGCGAACGAGACGACGAGUCGCGCAGCGAAAGUGUACAACGAGUCGUCGCCGCAUCUGCGGUGGCUUGUGGGCAUUCUGAUCCCGGAGUUGUCGUCCGCGAAUGAGAUCGCUCGUGAGACGACGCAGCGGACGCUUGAGCUGCUUGCACGGCUGACGGAAUGCAGUGUGACUGAGCUGCUGGAGCCGCAGCGAGACCGGCUGCUGCUGCCGAUCUUUACGAAGCCGCUGCGUGCGCUGCCGUUCGGCAUGCAGAUCGGGCACAUUGAUGCCAUCAGGUACACGCUGCAGCUGCCGCGGCCGCUGCCGGCGUUCAACGAAGAGCUGUUCCGCGUGCUGACAGAGGCCCUUGCUCUUGCUGAUGCCGACGACCAGGCACUCGUGGGCCGCACGACGCUGUACAAGAAUCUGCUCGCCAUCACCAAGCUACGCGUCGUGGCAAUCCAGCUGCUGGCCGCAGCGAUGCAGUGCACCGAGUUCCAGACCCAGGAGCAUGUGACGAUGCGGAUGCGCAUCAUCUCCGUGUACUUCAAGUGCCUGUACUCGCUGUCGGACGAGGUGGUCCAGGUCGCGUACCACUCACUCAAGGCGACACUUGCACAGCAGAACAAGCUACCGAAGGACCUGCUGCGCAGCGGGCUGCAGCCGAUCCUGAUGACACUUGCAGACCGCAACCGGCUCACGACAGCGGGACUCGAUGGCCUCGCGCAUCUGCUCCAGCUCCUGACGAACUACUUCAAGGUCGAGAUUGGCGUCAAGCUUCUAGACCACUUGUCGGCGCUUGCUGAGCCCGCGAUGCUGCGCCGAGCGGCUGCUGGCUCCCUUGACACGAAUGAACAGCUCAAGACCCUAGCCGCGAUCGUGCGUGUGUUCCAUCUGCUGCCCGACACGGCGUACCAGUUCCUGCCGCGCCUGCUCAUGUACGUGGCCGAGAUCGAGUCGCACCUGCGCCGCAGUGGUCCGACGCCCUUCACUGACAUGCUGACGCUCUUUCUCGACCACUUUGCGGAGCACACGAUCCGCUACUUUUUCGAGAGCGACCAGCUGCAGAACCCACGGCUCUUACGUCUUUUGCGUCUCGCCCUGGCUUCGGACCACGGCGCCUCGCUUCGACGCCAGCUCGACGAGCGUGCCGACGUGUACAUUCUGCCGCUCUUGUCAGAUGCGUCGAAGACCACGCACAUCCGCGUGGCUCUCCAGCUCAUCGAGCCGCUCGUCGCGUACGGCACCCCCUCUUCAUCGUCGUGGCUCCUAGUGCAUCGCCCUGUACUGGAUCGGCUCAUUGCCCUAUGGAACACGCCUGACAUGCAUGCACAACGGCGCGCCGAGGCCGACGUGCUCGCGACGCAGCCGCCCUUGACGCCUCUCUAUCUGUCGCUUCUGCACUCGGCAUUGCGCCACGAGCCGCUCGUCGACGUGCACAUGUCCCUGCUAGACAUGUACACGUACCACCAAGCACGUGACCUGUCCUCCCACACACGCUUCGUAUACGAGUACGUGUGUGGAAGAGGCAGCGUAGAGACAAAGCGGGCACUCAUGCAGCGUGUCGUGCAUCUAAUCGCAGACCCACAUGCAGCAUCUGUGCGCAAGACGUAUGCGUUGCGGGUGCUGCUGAAUCCCAUGCUCGUAUCGUCGUAUGCAGCAGAGGAGGCGCCACUGUCCGUCGAGACGCAAGCAUCAGCAGCGUCGAGCCAGAAGCCAGAGUGUGCACACACCAUCGUGUCUGCUGCGAACCACGAGCCCCUACUGAACAAGGAGAUGGUCCUGCUCGUGGUGAAUCAAGUAUGGCGCAUCGUGCAGGGCCAUGGUAUGGCCAUGUUCACUGACGAUGAGCUGCGUGUGGAGCUGCUCCAGAUGAGCACAUUGAUCCUUGAGCAUGGAGCGGAUGUGCUCGCGGCGGAGGGCACGUCCAAGCUCGAUGCCAUCAAGUUUGGGUGGUCGUUCCUCCCGCUCGAAGAUGUCACUGUGAAGCAUGCGGCGUACCUCUUUAUCUCACGCUUCCUGCAAAAGUUCGAGAGCCCCAUCAAGAUCACUGGUCAGGUGUAUGUGGGCCUGCUGCGUCUAACGCCCAGUGAUGGCCGGGCCCUUGUACGUCGUGCGCUUGAUACCCUGGUGCCAGCGCUUCCUGAGCGUGUGCCUAGCAAAGACGGGCAGACGCCCCUCUGGGUCAAGUGGACGAAGCGCACUCUUCUUGACGAAGGGCAUAAUGUACUGCAGCUCUGCUCUAUUCUUCAGCUCCUUGUGCGGUACUCAGACCUGUUCUACGACAGCCGCGACUUGUUUGUGCCGCACAUGGUCACGUCGCUCGCGAAGCUGGGCUUUGCGAGCAGCUCUACUGCUGAGUCGAAGAAGCUUGCCAUUCAACUUAUCGACCUGUUGAUUAAAUGGGAUUUGCCAAGCUCCGCCGACACGGACGCGCAGGGUGGUGACGCCGAGUCCGUGUCUCGAAAGCGCAUCAAGACCGGCACCGACACGUACGCAGACUCGUCAACGGCGACUCUAGCCUCUGCAUCUCUGUCCGUGAGCUACUCGAUGCCCUUGCACCUGCGUGACCUGGUCUUCCGCUUCCUUGUUCGAUUCAUCUCUUUGUCGAUGGAAUCUAUCACAGCGAAUGAUGUCACGAAGCAUGCGUUUUCUCUUCUGGAGCAGGUUCACCGGCUGCCUGCGUGGCACGGCGUGCAAGUUCGUCUCGCUCUGCUGCAGCGUGCACUGAUUCACACGGACGUGUCGGAGCAGCACGUUGGGCCCAUUGCCAAUGCUCUCGCGACGCUCGAUGUGAUUUCUCGCGACCGCGACAAGGAGUGGCUUUUCAGCCACAUGGCCCAGAUGCAAAAACUACUGGAAAAGACGCUUGCAAGCGAUCAUCCUGUGCUUUUGGAUGCGGCGCGCCCUGCCUUGGAACGUCUCUGCUCUGUGCUGCCGGCGGCGCCACCAGGUGAGGAUGAUGCACCACUCCCCGAGGAUCUGGCUCAGCUUUGUACGAGUGUCGAAACGGCCGUUACCGAGGGACUUCGUUCCGGCACGAACCUAGCAAGUGCACUAACGCUCUUGUCCGCUUGGUCACAUACGCAUCCGACAUGCAUUGACCGGCAUCAGCCCCUACUUAUCAAGACACUCACCCGGCUCACGAAAGAGCAUCUCGCAGCGCCUGCUGCAGGUGGCGAGAGCACGCUCAAGAUGCUCAUGGAAGUGCUCCAGCUUUUGAAAGCACGCAUCUCCCAUCUGGGCGACCAGCGGCGCUGGUUCCUCAGUGCUGUCGUGCAGCUUGUGGAAAAGUCGUCUAGUACAAAACUGUGCCAUUUCUUGCUCUCGAUGAUGCGGGUGUGGAUCCUCAAAGAGCCUGAGCCAUUCCCAACGCUUAAGGAGAAGGCUGGGAUUCUCGUCAAGAUGUUGUGCUUUGAACAUCGCGAUUUACCUCUGUCGAAGGCAUUCAUGGACCUGAUUCUCGGGAUUUACAAGGAUCCCGCGCUUGCGCGCACGGAGCUGACGGCACGGCUUGAGCCCGCGUUCCUCCUGGGCUGCUGCCAUGCGGAUGCUUCGUUGCGACGCGAGUUCAUCGACUUGUUUGACGCGUCUCUCACUCGCUCCAUGUCCGCCCGGCUUCUCUAUCUGCUCGGUACACAGGGCUGGGAGUGCAUUGCACAACGCUACUGGCUGCAUCAGGUUCUCGACUUGCUUCUCGCGGCCAUCGACACGUCGGGUCCUUUGGUCGGCGAGCCGUGUGAUGGCGAUAAUCUGUUUGCCCAGAUGAUGAAGAGCGGAACGACACAGCCUUUUGUCAACGCGCUGCGCACGCUGCAGUAUCUCGAUGCGAAUGCCGCCGACGCUCUCUGGCAGACUCUGUUUCCCGCCAUUUGGCGAACGACUCAAAAGCGACACCAAACAGACCUGAAUCAUGCUCUCAUUGGGUGCGUCACACAUGAGUACAUGCUUCGCCAGGCGCCUGCGAGACCCAACGUUGUGCAGUCGCUACUUGGCGGCGCGUUGGCAUGCUCGCCGACGCUCGAGAUACCACCCUAUGUCCUCAGAUAUCUGGGCAAGACGUUCCAGGCUUGGUACGUCUCGAUGGAGCAGCUGCAACACCAGCUGUUUUCCCUUCGCUCAGACGAUGCGGUCCGAGAGUCAACGCAGGAUGCUCUUGCCGAGGCAUACGCAGAGCUGAGUGAGGCAGACUACUUCUAUGGCUUGUGGCGUCGUCGGUGUAUGUUCCCUGAGACCAAUGCUGCCCUUGCGUACGAACAGAGCGGCAAGUUUGCCGAGGCACAAGUGUUGUAUGAAGCGGCGCAGGUAAAGGGUCGUACGUCUGGUGUGCCGCUCACCGAAUCUGAAUACAACCUAUGGGAUGAUCAUUGGGUGCUUUCAGCUCUUGAACUGCAGCAAUGGGAUGUCUUGUCUGACCUAGCGAAGCUGGAAAACAACCAGGACCUUGCACUGGAAUGUGCAUGGCGCCUAUCGGACUGGACAGCUGAACGAGAGUCGCUUGAGCGCUCACUCGAGAGCCUGCAGGUCAUGAGUACCCCUCGGCGCAAGGUGUUUGAGGCGUACCUAGCGCUACUCAAGUCGCAAGCGGCUCCGGAUAAGCCCUCCGAUUUCGGCCGCAUAUGUGAUGAAGCCAUUCAGCUCACGCUGUACAAGUGGUUCACGCUGCCAGUGCAUGUGUCACAGGCGCAUGUGCCGCUGUUGCAGAUCUUCCAGCAGUUUGUCGAGUUGCAGGAAGUUAGCACAGUGUUUGCCUCGCUGGCUCAUACGAAUGCCACAAAUUUGAAUCACCGGUCGGCUGAGCUCAAAACGCUCAUGCAGACGUGGCGUGAACGGCUGCCAAAUCUUUGGGACGACAUCAAUGCAUGGAGUGACCUCGUCGCUUGGCGUCAGCAUGUGUUUUCCAGCGUCAACAAAGCCUACCUGCCUUUGGUCUCACUCAUUCAGCGAAACGAGGGCCCUGGUUCAUCGACCAACUCGUAUGCGUACCGCGGCUAUCACGAGACGGCGUGGAUCAUUAAUAGGUUUGCGCAUGUCGCUCGGAAGCAUGGGCUCGAGGACGUGUGCAUCAGCUCUCUCACCAAAAUUUACUUGCUGCCAAACAUUGAGAUCCAAGAGGCUUUCUUGAAGCUUCGUGAGCAGGCACGCUGUCACUACCACAAUCCACAUGAACUCACGCAAGGACUCAAUGUCAUCAACAAUACGAAUCUUAUGUUCUUUGCAGCCGCGCAAAAGGCCGAGUUCUUCUCCCUCAAGGGCAUGUUCCUGAACAAACUUGGAAUGGGCGAUGAGGCGAAUCAAGCGUUUGCGACUGCCAUCCAAAUGGACUUGAACCUGCCCAAGUCUUGGACCGAGUGGGGUCGAUACAAUGACAGUUUGUUCCGCGAGAAGCCUGCAGCCAUGCACUUUGCUGCCAAUGCCAUCAGCUGCUACCUGCAAGCAGCAGGUCUUUACAAAAAUGCCAAAGCACGAAAAAUUCUCGUGCGCGUGCUUUGGCUCCUAGACUGUGAUGAUGCUCAAGGCACUUUGUGGCAAGCCUGUGAUAACUACAAUGGAGAGACACCCAUUUGGUAUUGGAUUACAUUUAUUCCUCAACUCAUCCAGCUCCUCUCCCACAGGCAGUCAAAGUUUGCGCGGAAACUCCUUAUGCAAAUUGCCAAGUCCUUCCCGCAGUCACUGUAUUACUACCUGCGCACAAGUAAGGAAGACUUUGCCUUGAUGAAACGCAACUCGCUGUUGCUCGCACAACGUGCCUUACGCGCCCAGGGCAAAGAGCCCCAGCCACAGGCAUCUCAGCCUGGUCUCGCGAAGGACGAGGUGAAGCCAAAGGAGGCAGACGAGAAAGACUCUACCAAAGACCCGUCCCGAUAUCCUGCUGACUACGUCGAAGAGAUCCUGAAUAUCCUCAAGACGGCUUUCCCUUUGCUUGCGCUGACCAUGGAGAAUAUGGCAGAACAGCUCCAGCAGCGCUUCAAGCCCAGCAACGACGAGGAUAUCUAUCGCCUUACGAAUGCUUUAUUGAACGAUGCGCUUCAGCAAUAUAUCCACCGCGCGCCGCUUACGUCCGACAAUGGCCAACUUCCUCAAACGUCGCAAAUGAAUGUCAAGCUGUUUGCCGAAAACUUGCCGCCCGGUCCAUUGAAAGCAGCGUUUGAAGGCGACUUUGUUACAAGCAAGCCAAACUUACACGAAUAUGUCGCAAGGCUCCGACGUUGGCGCGAUCGCUACGAAGAAUCUCUAGACAAACGCCCUCGACUUCAGCACCUAGAACACUGCUCUCAUUACUUGGUCGAGUUUCAGCACCAGAAGUUCGAUGAAGUGGAAAUCCCCGGUCAGUAUCUCAAGCUACAAGACAAUAAUUCGAACUUUGUGCGUAUCAACCGGUUCCUACCGGAAUAUGGACUCUUGCGCUCGAACGGAAUGUGUAAUAGACGAAUUACCAUUCUCAGCAACAAAGGCUCCCUUCAUUCAUUUGCAGUUCAAUUACCCUCUGCCAGGUACUGCCGCCGGGAGGAGCGUAUUUUCCAACUUUUGCGUCUUUUGAAUACCGUCUUGGAACGGAAGAUUCAAACCCGGAAACGCGGUUUAAUCUUCAAUGUGCCUACUGCAGUCCCUAUUUCCCCACAGCUACGCUUGCUUACCUAUGAAGAGUCCUUUAUUAGUCUUCAGGAUGUCUACGAGCGUCAUUGCAAGCAAGCGGGUAUCGGAAAGGACGAUCCGAUCGUGGCUUGGGUCGAGAAAAUGCGAAGCACUUGGGAUGGAGGCUCUCAUCGACGGACCAAUGUGGACUUUGCUAACCUACGCAUGGAGCUUUUGGAAGAAAUUAGCGUGAAGAUGAUUUCGGAUAAAAUCCUCACCAACUUUAUCACCAAGACUAUGGCGUCGCCAUCUGAUCUCUGGAUCAUGCGCAAGCAAUUCACGCUGCAAAUGGCUGCUGCUAUGUUCCUUACCUACAUUCUCUUUAUCAGUGCCCGUUAUCCAGGACGAAUUCACCUUUGCCGUUCAAGCGGUGCAGUUAUUAUGUCUGAUAUGGUCCCUACAUUCAGUCCGCAAGCUCCGCAUUUCAAGUCUCCCGAUCCUACACCUUUCCGAUUGAGUCCCAAUAUUCAGCAUUUUAUCGGACCAAUUGGCAUUGAAGGCCUUGUUACCAGCUCUUUCAUGGCUUUAGGUACUGCUUUAACCUCAUCUGAACACGGAUUAGAAGACUAUUUGGGUAUUUUCGUACAUGACGAAGUCCGGUUCUGGUUCAGUGGAAUGCAGCAGCAUGCAAAAAAUUUGGAACCCACUAUUGAUCUCGUGAAACAAAAUGUGUUAGAAAUUGUUAAACGUGCGCGUCUUAUGUCUUGUCGAUUCGGUCAAGAUAAGGUACGUGACUUGCAUUAUUGCGUAUGUCUAACGAUUUGCGCAGACAACAAUCACCCCAAUGAACCAAGCCGUUUUAGACCUAAUCAACUAUGCAAGCCAUCCGAGCAAGCUUGCCCUUCAGGUAUGUACUAA